AGAACAGGAGACGAGACGGAGAAGAGAGGAAGAGAAAGGGAGGGAGACUUUGAAUUCCGCUGUCGUUCCCUCCUUUUAGCCCACUUUGCCGCCCCCCCCACCCUUCUCUCUCUCUCUCUCUCUCUCUCUCUCUCUCUCUCUCUCCCGAGUACUGCACAAUGUGAGCCUGUCAACGGAGAGGAGACCAAGAAGAAGAUGGUGUUGAAGAAGGAAUAGCGAAGAAAUCCUUUCCUCACUCUCCCUUCCAACACUCCAAUUAGAAAUGCGUGAUCUUUGCUGAGCCUUAACUCGAUUCACUUCGAAACGGUGCGGCUCUUUGCAUUCCGUGGCCUGUUCUCGUUCUCCUACUAUCAAGGUCUCCUCCGCUUGAAUUCUGAGUAGCUUUCUCUAGUUUUUGGUAGAAAUCAUUGCUUUUCUAAAGAUGCAUUUGGAUUUUGGCGUCUUUGCCUCUCGUGCGCCUUUGAGAGAGAGAGAGAGAGAGAGAGAGAGAGAGAGAGAGAGAGUUAUCUUCUUCUUUUUGUUUCUUGAUCUAACAUCUGCAUUUUUUGUCUGUGGCGUUAAGCUACGAUAAAUGAGACUAUGUCUUCAUUGAUCAAGAAGUAAGCGAGUCCGAGCUGUGCAUUUGUGAGUUGUUUGGUUUCGGUGUAGGAAGGAAAAGGUUUGAUUUUUACUAAAAUGGAGGCAGGUUGGGCGAGCGGUGGGCCUAAAAUGGAGCAUUAUGAGGUUUUGGAGCAGAUUGGAAAAGGAGCAUUUGGGUCAGCUUUGCUGGUGAGGCAUAAGGUUGAGAACAAGAGGUAUGUCUUGAAAAAGAUCCGUCUUACACACCGGACAGAAACGUCCUGUUGGUCCGCCCACCAGGAAAUGGAGCUUAUUUCUAAUGUAAAAAGCCCAUUUAUUGUGGAGUAUAAAGAUUCUUGGGUCGAAAAGGGCUGCCAUGUAUACAUCGUAACAGGUCAUUGUGAGGGAGGUAACAUGGCUAAAGCCAUAAAAAAAGCCAAUGGACAUCUUUUUCCUGAGGAGAAGCUUUGUAAGUGGCUCGUCCAGCUCCUUAUGGCACUUGAUUACUUGCAUAAGAAUCAUAUUCUUCAUUGUGAUGUAAAAUGUUCAAAUAUAUUUCUUACAAAAGAUCAAAGCAUACGUCUUGGCGGUUUUGGGCUUGCUAAAAUACUAACCUCAGAUGAUUUGGCUUGUUCAGUAGUAGGAACUCCUAGCUAUAUGUGCCCAGAACUUCUUGCCGAUAUACCUUAUGGUUCCAAGUCUGAUAUCUGGUCUCUUGGCUGCUGUAUAUACGAGAUGAUGGCCCUCAAGCCUGCAUUCAAAGCAUUUGAUAUGCCAGCUUUGGUGAACAAAAUUAACAAGUCCAUAGUGGCUCCUCUACCAAGUUCUUUCUCUGGUCCAUUUAGGGGACUCACUAGAAGCAUGCUUAGAAGAAUCCCUGAACAUAGGCCAAGUGCCGCAGAACUGCUCAAGCAUCCACAUCUUCAGCCUUACGUUCUUCAAGUCAAUUUAAAGUAUCAUCCUACAUGGAAAAUGCUCCCUGUCCACCAAGCUACCAAAAGGCACAUCAGAAAAAUCAGAUUUGAAAAUGAUGAAGAUGAUGCCAUGUAUAAAGACAAGGACAAAAGAAAAUCUUCAGGAAACGAGAGGAUCUUGACAGUGAGCAAGCCUAUGGAGGACUCCAUAAGUUCAACUCAGACUAUUAAAGAUUCUUCAAAUCGUCUGAACCAAAGAGUAAUGGAUCUUUCUGCAGGAAGCAGUCGAGCUGCAGAGAGAGGUAUUGACAAAGCAAUUGGUGAGAAGCACUCAAGUACUGUGAAAAAAAACCUUCCUGCUAAAAUCUUCACGACUCCUAGGACUCAAGUGGAGCCUACAAAGGCAUUGCAUGCUGGACCAAAGCGUGAUGUGCUUGCAUUGCGAAUUCCAGCAGAUAGGAUUGAACAAACCACUCGAAGAGCCUCUCUUCCUUUACCUUCAUUUGAAACGCAUUCCAAAUGCAAUUUCAGCAUUUUCCACCAAUUGGAAUCCCCUGAUGUCUCAGUCAACUCCCCUCAAAUUGGUAGAAUUGAAGAAUUUCCAUUAGCCUCAUCGGAAGAUCCCUUAUCAUCUAUUCAUAAACUCUCUUCAGCUCAUGGUUCCUCAACCACCCCUCAAAACUAUGGAGAUCAUUCAAUCACCAAGGACAAGUGUACCAUCCAAAAUUCCAAAACUGAAGGAAACAACAGGAAAGGUUCAUCAGACCAGAAUUCGACAGCUGCAGAUGCCUCAAGCCGGGGAUCAUCAGAGUCAAGGCAGCAUAGGUUUGACACCUCAUCGUACCAGCAGCGAGCUGCGGCCUUAGAGGGAUUGCUUGAAUUCAGUGCUCUGUUGUUGCAACAGGAAAGGUUUGAAGAGUUGGGAAUCUUAUUAAGGCCUUUUGGUCCUGGAAAGGUCUCUCCACGGGAAACAGCGAUAUGGCUAACCAAGAGCUUCAAAGAAAAUCUACUGUGACUCAAUCACUUGUGUCCAUAUACUAUACUUUUUGACGCUAGAUCUCAGUAGGUCUUGCAUCAGUUUUGUAAUGUGAAAUAGUUUUAUAGGCUGACAAUUUAGCUCAAGGUUAGUCUCUACAGGUAUCAAUAUUGUUCUUGCCCUGUAAGUGCAUUUGCUGACUUGAAUCAGGAAGAUUUCUGGGUGCAGUUGUGCUUGCAGAACCUUGCUAUCCUCUUCUUGAACCAAUAGGGGAUGAGCCAGUCAUGUAUCCCUAAGAAUAUGAUACAAGUUUAUACACCAUCAUUUUGUUUCUAAG